CCAACCCACAACAUUCCACUUCUUCGUGAUAUCGUUGAAGAGAAGAGGUUCCGUAAGGGAGACAUCACCACGAAAUAUCUUAUGGAAACCUAUCCGGAAGGAUUCAUGGGAGCUGUGUUGAGCGACGAAGAGGAGGCCAAUAUUGUUGCGAUGAGUGCUGCCCUCCAGGCACGCAAAUCGGCUCGUGCACAACAGUUCACAAAUCAGACGCGUCAAAGAGGAACCGUAUAUGGUACCGUUUAG